AUGUACAUGGACAGUGCCGAAAGUGUAAAGGCUGUCGAAACAUGUUCAAAAUCAGAUAUAGAAAUUGAGAAUGGGUUUCUUUCUGAAUAUGAUUUUAUAUAUGCCGUAAAUAAACAGACGGAAUAUAAAUGUAAGCCAGGAUAUAUAACAGCUGAUGGUAAAACAUCAGGAUCAAUUACAUGUCUGCAAAGUGGAUGGUCAGCUCAGCCCUCAUGCAUUAAAUCGUGUGACAUGCCAGUAUUUGAGAAUGCUAAAACCAAAAGUAACAGCACGUGGUUUAAACUCAAUGACAAGUUGAACUAUGAAUGCUUUGUUGGAUAUGAAAACAAAUUUAAACGUAGCAAAGGCUCCAUAGUAUGUGAAAAUGAUGGAUGGUCUGCUAUGCCCUCGUGUUAUGAAAGAGAAUGCAGGAUUCCCAAAAUGGAAAAAUACUUAGUUGCUGAUCCCAAGAAAGAAAAAUAUAAAGUUGGAGAUGUGUUGAAAUUCUCCUGCCGACCAGGACUCAUAAGAGUUGGACCAGAUUCAGUGCAAUGUUACCACUUUGGAUGGUCCCCUAAACUCCCAAUAUGUAAAGAUCAAGUACAGUCAUGUGGUCAUCCUCCUGAACUCCUCAAUGGGAAAGUUAAAGGAGUGAAGAAAGAAGUAUACGGACACAGUGAAAUUGUGGAAUAUAGCUGCGAUCCUAGACUUCUGAUAAAAGGACCAAAUAAAAUUCAAUGUGUUGAUGGAGAGUGGACAACCAUGCCAAUAUGUAUUGAGGAGGAGAGAACAUGUGGAGACAUCCCUGAACUUGAGCAUGGCUACGCACAGCCCGCUGCCCCUCCCCAUCACCAUGGAGAUUCAGUCGUGUUCAACUGCACGGAGACCUUCACAAUGAUUGGACACAGCUCAAUCACGUGUGUUAGUGGGACAUGGUCCCAACUUCCUCAAUGCAUUGCAACAGAUCAACUUGAGAAGUGUGGAGCACCAAGGUCAAUUGCACAUGAAGGUAGUCAGUUGGAUAGGAAUGAAUUUGUUCAUAACUUUAACAUAAGUUACAAAUGCAGAGGAAAGCAAGAAUAUGAAUACUCAAUCUGCAUAAAUGGAAGAUGGGAUCCUGAACCGACAUGCACAAAGGUAGAAUUGGAUUCAUGCCCACCUCCACCUCAGAUCCCUAAUGCUCACAUUAUGACAACUACAGUGAAAUAUAAGGAUGGAGAAAAAGUAUCAAUUCUUUGCCAAGAAAAUUAUCUUACUCAACAAACAGAAGAGAUUGUGUGCAAAGAUGGAAGGUGGCAGUCAAUACCACGUUGUGUUGAAAAAAUUCCAUGUUCUCAACCACCUGAUAUAAACCAUGGAACCAUUGAAUACUCUAGAUUUUCAGAAGAAAGGAAAGAAGCAAUUGAAUCCAGAGUUCAUGAACAUGGCUCUAAGUUAAAUUAUAUUUGCGAGGAUGGCUACAGAUUAUCUGGGGAAGGUGCAGUAACAUGCCACAUGGGAAAAUGGAGCUCUCCACCUCUAUGUGUAGGACUUCCGUGUGGUCCUCCACCUUUGAUCCGUGAUGGUGCUGUGUCUCGCCAGUUAGACAGUUACCAAUAUGGAGAAGAAGUUACAUACGAUUGUUCAGAAGGGUUUGGAAUUGAUGGACCUGCAUUCAUUAAAUGUGUAGGAGGAAAAUGGUCCACUGCACCAGAAUGCAUAAGAACAGAUUGCUUUAAUUUACCCAGAGUCGGGAUUGCCAUACUCACAGGACAGAGGAAGGACUCAUAUAGCUCAGGAGAACAACUGACUUACAAGUGUCCACCACAUUACCAAUUGAAUGGAUCCAACACUGUUACAUGUAUUAACGGCAAAUGGAUAGGAGAGCCAACAUGCAUAGAUAAUUCCUGUGUGAAUCCACCCAGAGUGAAAAAUGCUACAAUAAUAUCAAGACAGAUGGUCAAAUAUCAAUCUGGUGAGAGAGUACGUUAUGAAUGUAACAAACCUUUUGAAAUAUUUGGGGAAGUAGAGGUGAUGUGUCUAAAUGGAACAUGGACCGAACCACCUCAAUGCAAAGACUCUACAGGAAAAUGUGGACCUCCUCCACCUAUUGACAAUGGAGACAUUACUUCAUUCCCAUUGCCUGCAUAUGCACCAUAUUCUUCAGUUGAAUAUCAAUGCCAGUCCUUGUAUCAACUUCAGGGAAACAAGAAAAUAACAUGCAGAAAUGGACAGUGGUCAGAACCACCCAAAUGUUUAAAUGCAUGUGUAAUAUCAGAAGAAAUAAUGGAAAAUAAAAACAUAAUGUUCAAGUGGAUAGGAAAACAAAAGCUUUAUUCUCCAUCAGGGUCAAUGGUUGAAUUCAAGUGUAAAUAUGGAUAUCGUCCAACACCAUCCAAACCAUUUCGCACAAUGUGUAAUGAUGGUAAACUGGAGUAUCCCAUGUGCACAAGAAGUUAUGGCUAAAUGUUUUGCUCUAAUUAAUAUGUGUGCCUUUGUACAGAAUUUUUCAUUAUUAUUCCAGGUCUCUAUUUUGAAGUAUCAUUUAUUUGCUCUUGUUUUGUUUUGUUUUGUUUUCAUAAAAUGCAUUUGUAUUGAUAUGUGGUGAUGAAUUUAGCAUCUGAGAGACCACUGCCACACUUUAAUAAGCACUGCAUUAAAACUUGGUGAACCAAAAUAUUGUGUCCUAGUAAUAAAACCUCUAUGGCAAGACUUUGAUGUAGUUACUUCAGGACUUAUCUGUAUCCAUCAU